UUGUUGUUUUUUUUAUGAAGUUUAAGCUUCACGAGUCGUUUCGUUGGUAGUUCAAUAAUUUUAUUAAGAUAAACUCUCGCUUUUUGCUAAUUUUCCUUUGUAUAUAAAAUAAAUUAACUUAAAAUAAAAUGUGAGUAUUAAUUCUGUUGCGUUUUUGUUUUAAGAUUAAAAGAAGUUUUAAGAAUUGUUAGUGUUUUCCAGAUAUAUUUUGUGUUCGUUGAUAUGGCAUUGGCAGCAAACACCCGAGAAAAAAUUUUUCUUGUAGGCUAUCCGUCUCAUCAAAUUACAGGGUGUAAAUUACCCUCAAAUCGUCAAGUUUUGUCAACACUAUUUUUUAAUUUGCGAAUUGUAAAAUUAAAUUUAAAGGAAUCUGCAAGACUUGUCAUUCGAGAGGUACAUAUUUUUUGGGAAAAAGCCAGAAUUCAAACAAAAUAUGAAAAAGAUGCCAUUGUUAAAUUAGAAAAACUUUACAAUGAGUGGAGAAAUCACCAACGAAAUAAAAACAAAACGCUUGAAAGCACCAAAAAUAAAAUAAAAGAAUUUGCGUUGAAAAUGGACGAUCUCUUUGAUAUAGCACAUCGAGAUGCCUUGACCAUUAAUGAAAAAAAACGCAGAAUUGAAGAAUUCAGAUUUGAUAUUGAUACUGAAGAUGACGCGGAAACACAGGGGACGGAGGAGGAAGCUCAAGAAGAAGUAUAUAGCCAGAAUUCUGCGGAUUGGGAUAGAAUGGAUGUUUCUCUAUCUCAGGCAACCUCUGGGCCAUCGGGUAGCAGGAAAAUGAGGUAUAGUCGUGGGGUGAAAGAGCUGUUAACAAUGAAACUUUCUAUGUUAUUAGAUCGAUGUAAGGUAUCUGAUAGAAAUGCUUCUCGCAUAAUUAUUGCUACGAUAGAAGCACUAGGGCAAAAUCCAAUUGAGUCAAGUUAAUAACCGAUUUUAAUAAUCUUUUAACUAAAGAUGAGGAACAAAAACAAUAUGUACUUCAGGUAGUCAGUGAGUGCCGAAAAUUAUAUCCUGAUGCUUCCAAAACUACUUUAAGUAAGUCACUUGAUUAAAUUUUUUAGUAUUUACUUCAAUAAUUAUGUAUAAGAAAUUUAACACGAUGUUAAGUAUUUUGUUUUUUAGAAAUCUGUUAAAUGUUUCGAUUUUUUUUUUAAA